CAUAUACUAAUGGAAAAUACACACAUAUUGUAUACUCAUAUGUAUGUGGACCCACACGGAAUCAUAAACUAUGCUGUGGUCUUCGUCUUCCUCUUGAAAUACUACGUAGUUUUGAAGGCGUUGAAAAGUAAGCAUAAAGCACCCAUCUAAACUCUGCAAAUUAAUUCUCUAGUUAAUCCACUAUCAUCUCCUGCUGUUCCAGUUGUCUCUCUCUCCACAAACCCAAUUCAUUGUUGAUCUUCUUUCUCCAGCCAUGUCCGAUGCUAUUAUCACCGUAGUCUUGACACAGUUAACUUCGAUCAUGGAGCGAGAGAUUCAACAAGAGGUGAGACUGGUGGUUGGUGUCGACAAAGACAUCGAAAAGCUCAAAAAGACACUCCAGGCCAUCGUCCAUGUGCUUAACGAUGCAGACAAGAGACAGAUCAAAGAGGAGGCUGUCAAAGACUGGUUGGAGAAGCUCAAAGACGCAUCACACGAUGUGGAUGACUUGUUGGAUGAGUGGAACACUGCCAUGCUCAAACAACAAAUUAACCGAAUUCAGAGCCCUCCGAUCACCAAGAAGAAGAAUAAGGUAUUUCCCUUCAUCAAAUUCUCUUGCUUUAGCUUCAAUCAAUUGGCUCUUCGACACGAUAUUGCUGUAAAGAUUAAGGGUUUCAACGAAAGACUAGAUUUGAUUGCCAAUGAGAAAGAUAAGUACAACUUUAAUGUGACUAUGGCCGGUGAAGAACCGGAGCGAUACAGAACCAUUUCUUGUAUAGAUGUGAAGGAGGUGCGUGGUCGUGAGCAGGAUAAGAAUACACUUGUAAGCAAGUUGUUGUGCGAGAGUAGUCAAGCUCAAGCUGAUGAUAGGAGCCUCCAUAUCAUAUCUGUUGUGGGUAUGGGAGGAAUGGGGAAGACAACUCUCGCCCAACUGGCCUACAAUUGUGAUGAGGUGAAAACUCAUUUCGAUAGAAUAAUUUGGGUGUGUGUUUCGGAGCCUUUUGAUGAGAUUAGGGUUGCCAAAGCCAUAUAUGAGGACAUACAUGGUUGUGCCCCGAAUAAUUUUGAAUUGAACACUAUCCUGCGCCAUGUUAGGCACUCAAUUGUAGGGAAGAAGUUCCUGCUUGUGCUAGAUGAUGUGUGGACUGAAGAUCCCAAGAAAUGGGAACCAUUCAGAAACUCUCUAACAAAUGGUGGGCGGGGAAGCAAAAUUUUGGUGACUACACGCAAUGAGAGAGUAGCAAAGAUGAUGGAAAGUACCGACAUUCUUCCCUUGAGGGAAUUGUCAGAUCAAGAUUGUUGGUUUUUAUUCAGUCAGAUAGCAUUUUUUGGAAAAAGCAGAGAUGAAAAAUUAGAAGAGAUCGGUAGGAAAAUAGCUGACAAGUGUAAGGGCUUACCUCUUGCUGCAAAGACUAUAGGGAGUCUCAUGCGCUUCAAAACUACAGCAGAAGAAUGGCAGAAUGUUUUGAAUAGUGAAACAUGGGAAUUGAAAGAAGCAGAAAAGGGUCUUUUCCCUCCUUUACUAUUGAGCUAUUACGAUUUGACCUCCGCAAUGAAACGUUGCUUCUCUUAUUGUGCUGUCUUCCCGAAAGAUCACAAGAUAGAGGCAGACAAUUUGAUCAAACUUUGGAUGGCGCAUGGUUAUCUCAAUACCAAAAAGGAAACUGUAGAUAUGGAAGUUACAGGCCGGGAGUAUUUACAAAAUUUAGCAAUGCGAUCUUUCUUCCAAGACUUGGAAAAAGACAAGAAUGGUGAUGUUAUAAUUCGAUUCAAGAUGCAUGAUAUGGUUCAUGAUUUUGCAAAAUUUCUCACAAAGAAUGAAUUCUUCAUUAUGGAGGUCAAAAGUGGAACAGAGUUAAAGAUCGACUCAACCUGCAAAGAUGCUCGUCAUUCAACCUUAGUACGUGUUGAAGAGGCCCCCUUUCCAACUCCAAUCUGCAAUACAGAAAAACUUCACAGCUUUUGGGUUCAAUCUUUUUAUGAUUCUCCGCCAAUUGUUAGUGAAAUUGAUAUAGUCGCACCUGAUUCAUUCAGUCGUUUGAGGUGUCUUAAAUCAUUAGAUUUGAGUCGUAACAGAUUAGAUAGACUUCCUCAAGGGGUAGGAGAAUUAAUAAAAUUGAGGUACCUCAACUUAUCCCAUAAUCCAUUAUCGGAGCUGCCUGAAAAAGUGUGUGAUCUAUGCAAUUUGCAAACGUUGAAGCUUGUUGCUUGUGAUCAACUUAGGAGACUACCUCAAGGUAUGUGGAAGCUAAUAAGCCUGAGACAUCUGGAGAUUGAUCGCACAGAUAGUUUACGAAUGUUGCCUAAAGGAAUUGGGAGUUUGAACUCUCUUCGGACGCUGACCAAGUUUGUUAUAGGUGGUGGUGGUGAUAGUGAAGAAGCAACAUGUAAACUAGCAGAUCUGAAAAACUUGAAUUUCCUUAAAGGACAUCUUAAAAUAGAAGGGUUGGGUUAUGUAGCAGAUGCAGGUGAGGUUGAGAAAGCUGAAUUGAAGAACAAAAAAGACCUCCUUGGUUUGCAUUUAUAUUUCAACUCUCCAGUGCCAGCGGGGGGGAUGACAGAUGUUGAAGCGCUACAAUUGCACCCGAAUUUGCAAUAUCUACAGAUAAAGUUCUAUGUUGGUACUCAGUUCCCCAAUUGGCUGAUGUCGUUAACCAACCUGCAAGAGCUUUGCCUCCAGGAGUGCCAAAACUGUGUAGGUUUGCCCUACUUGGGGAAACUGCCGGCCCUUGAAAAGCUUCAAAUAGAGGGUAUGCAUAGUUUGAAGUAUGCGAGUCUUGAACUUUUAGGAAGAGGGACUGAUAAUGUUAAUCACAAUGGAGGCUCAACAAUGAUGCAUGGUGCAAUGGCUGCAUCAUCAUCUUCAGUUAUUAUUCUGUUCCCAAAGUUGAAGAAACUCAAAAUCGUCUGCAUGAAUAGUUGGGAGGAGUGGGAUGAGAUCAGUGCAAGAGGAGAAGCGCAAGAGGAGAUCAAGAUAAUGCCAUAUCUCCGAUGCUUGAAACUUUCUCACUGCGACAAGCUGAAGGCACUGCCAAACCGCCUCCUCCAGAUGGCACCACUAAAAAAAUUGCGCAUCCACAACUGUACUAUUUUGCGGCGAAGAUACCAAAAGCUAAUCGGAGAGGACUGGAGCAAGAUAUCUCACAUCCGAAAAGUCCGCAUUUCAUAGGAGUUGGAGGGUGUUUUGUGAAGAAUUCAGCAAAUGGUUGUUCAUCACUUCUCUGGUCCUGCGACUUCAUCAUUAUCCAGUUGAGCAGUAUCUCAGUCAGUCAAAUAGAAUUGUUCACAACAUGUUAGUCAAUGCUGCUGCUAGUUUGUCUACACCAAUACUUGUAUCUCCAGUCGCGAGCUGAAGCUGCAAAUGUGCUAUGCUUUUCUGGAUACCCAAAUCACUGUAAGACCAAAGCUCCAUAUAACACCUUUUCGUGUGUCAGAUUGCAUAUAUGUCUUCCAAGACUUGACAUGCAAACAACCCUUCCUUUUGCAAAGGAACAGAAUCGUAGUUUCAUAACAGCAUUUACGUCAAACGAUUGGUCACUCUUGUCUUUUUAGAGCACUUGGUAGAUAUCUUGAUUAUGAAUUUCUAUGUGUAGGGUGAACUGUCACCACUGCCACAGAAAUAAGAAAUCACAUGUAGGCAUGAAGCAGCAGCCCACAGGUCAGUCAUGGUGCAGCAGCCUGGCCAGGUGUUUGUUAACGGCAAGAGCUGCCCUAAUUAAGGUUGUGAUUAGGAGAGGUCAAAGCAUUGCUCAGGCUGCGGGAUCACAUCAGCAGUCCUACCCUCCACUUAUCCUCGCGGUCAUUCAUGGAUCCCUGUCACUAGGCAGCUAGUUCAAAAUAAAAGAAGAGGUGAACUCUCAACAUCUCCCUCUGAAGCAGCAUUUCUGUGUGGAUCCCAAGAAAGUUGCAAGUAGUUUUGGAUCGUGGGACUUCCCAUACAUUCAACUGAAGAAAUAAUGUGGAAUUCAUAAGUUCUGAGUGUUGUUUCUCUGUUGAAACGCGUCCUCCUGCUGAGAUGGAGGCUUAUCUUGACAAUAUUAUGGACUCGAUGGGGCCACAUUAAUAGUCUUAAGACCACAUGACUGAAAUUGAGUCAUAACAACUUGAGCGUGAACUUUUCAAUGACAUGGAGGGUGAGGAAGCUAAUGUGGAAAAGCAAAUAAGAUUAGCAGCAGCAGUCAUUGGAGAGCUAGGUUAUACGGGAUGGAGAAGCUGAUUGGUGAACUUUAGAGGAAAGAAGCUUCUAAUGGUCGUCAUUGUUGUCGAACUGUAGCCCUCAACUGCCAUUGUUGACAGUUGAAGCAUGGGAAUGGAACCCUUCCGGGUGUAAUGCUUCGGGUGGAGCCCCUCAAAAUCAUGGUUCUAAGUAAAUAAUUUCUUUUGUUGUUCAGUCAAAUAUGUUCAUGUCUCAUCUCAAGCAACCUUAUUCCCUUUUGAUUUAUGAUGCUAGGAGUCGAUUUCAUAUGCUAUUUUUGUUUUCUUGAGUUGGAUAUGUUUUUCUUGGUGAUCCAAUCCAGAGAUGAAUGUCACAUAA